UAGAUAUUCAGAGCUUUUGGGUCAGCCCAAGUCCUGGCGUGUUAUUGUUUUUGUUCCUGCGAAUAGUUAGUGUACAAACAAGACCAUAAAACCUAAGGGACAGAUGUGGUUACACUAUAUAAGCUAAGACAAUAUCACAGCUAAGUUACUGUUGGUGGAAGUAAGUGGAAUUUAGCUGCUCAGGAUUAAGCUUUCGAUGCUCAGGACCCCUCAAACAUGAAGAAAUGCCUUGAAUACACCUUGCUCCUCAUCAUCUCUUCGCUUCACGGCUCACUGCAGCAGAGAAUCAUUGGAGGACAGGAGGUUGGGCCCUACUCAAUAAAGUACCAGGCCUCUAUCCAGUACAACAACUUCCAUUACUGCGGAGGAACGCUCAUACACCGGCAGUGGGUGGUUACAGCCGCCCACUGCUGGAGACCGAGCUAUUUAAUCAAAGUGGUUUUGAGUGAGCAUAACCUCUCCAUUAAAGAGGGUCUUGAGCAGGUGUUCGGUGUGUCCAGAGCUCUGGUGCAUUACAUGUACAAUUACAGGACAUUUGAUAGUGACAUUAUGCUCUUGAAACUGGAAAAGCCUGUAGAGUUCAAUGCCAACAUUCAGCCAGCUGUGCUGCCAAUCUCACCCGCUCCCUUACAAGGGGGCACAGUUUGCACGGUGAGCGGCUGGGGCGUCACUCAGGUCUACAGUUAUUACCUGUCCCCUGUCCUGCGUGCUGUGGAUGUCCAGAUCAUCCCUCAGUGUCAAUACUACUACUACUACAGAAUAACAGACAACAUGGUGUGCGCCGGCUCCCCACUGGGCGGCAAAGACUCCUGUCAGGGCGACUCUGGUGGGCCUCUCGUCUGUAACGGUUAUUUUGAGGGGAUCGUGUCCUGGGGCAUCAGUUGUGCCAACCAGUAUUUCCCAGGAGUCUACACCAAAGUCAGCAACUACGUCUCUUGGAUCAACUGGAUAAUCGAGAACGACAACACCAGCUAGAAUGUUCCUUUUCUAAAGGUUAUUGAACUGCCACACCAUAGAAAUGACACCCGAUGGUCAAAACGACCCAGUAUACUGAGUACGGCAGUCAGUGUCUGUUAGAAAAGAUAAAUUGUUUUAUUCUUAUACGUUCUCAAAGAAGGAUGCUCAAUUUAUGAAUGAAAGAAAGAGCAGCGGGUUAUUGUCUUAAUUUUACACCAGUAAAAACAUCAGUUUAACCACAAAGUCUAGUACAAAUGUCUAA